UAUCUGUCCCUGGCACUGUGCCAGGCCUGAGUCACGCUGCUCACUCCCUUCCUCCUCCCCAGCUCUCAUUCACCUCCACACUGCAGCCAAGGGAGGCCCGCCCUGGCGUGGGCUGCUGCCUGUGGCCUUGGGCAGGCAUGAGCAAAGGGGCCAGGGGUUGCCUGUCCUCCCCCACCCUGUCGGGGCUUCCCUCCCCCUCUGCUGAGCCUCGGUUAAUUAUAACUCUGACCUAAGUGCCCUGUGACGUCGAGCCCGGGCCAGCCCUGCCCAGGAGACCCAGCAACCAGGUAGGGGAGGGCCUGAGAGGAGUCAGGCUUCCUGUGCAUGGGGAGUGUUUCUGUGGCAGGGCUGGGGACUCAGCCAGGGACUGGGGAGGGGGGCCUGGGGGAGGAAUCUUGGACCCCUCUCCUGGCAGGUGUGUAUGUCCCUAAUGGUCCGAUGAGGCCCUCAGGUUGUCUGGGUGACAGGGAGAGGGUGGGGAAGCCAGGCUGGAGCAGACGCGACUUUUGAGGUAAAGCAGGUGCCCAUGGAGACGCGCAGAGCCAGCCUGCCCUGGAAUCGCGGCUGCUUCCUCCUCCCUUGAGAGCCUUCUGUCUCCCAGGUCCAUGUCUCAGCCAUGCUCCCCACGGAGGUGCCCCAAUCCCACCUGGGCCCCUCAGCGUUGCUUCUGCUGCAGCUGCUGCUGCCCUCCACAUCUGCCUUCUUCCCCAACAUCUGGAGCCUGCUGGCUGCCCCUGGCUCCAUCACCCACCAAGACCUGACUGAGGAGGCAGCGCUCAACGUCACCCUGCAGCUCUUCCUGGAGCGGCCACCCCCAGGCCGCCCCCCUCUUCGUCUUGAAGACUUCCUGGGUCGAACACUCCUUGCUGAUGACCUCUUUGCCGCCUACUUUGGACCUGGUUCUUCUCGGCGGUUCCGAGCAGCUUUAGGUGAGGUGUCUCGUGCCAAUGCAGCCCAGGACUUCCUGCCGACUUCCAGGAAUGACCCCGACCUGCACUUUGAUGCUGAGCGACUGGGUCAGGGACGCACGCAACUGGUAGCGGCUCUGCGGGAGACCGUGGUGGCAGCCAGAGCCCUUGACCACACCCUGGCUCGCCAGCGCCUCGGGGCUGCACUUCAUGCCCUGCAGGAUUUCUACAGUCAUAGCAACUGGGUGGAGCUGGGUGAGCAGCAGCCACACCCUCACCUCCUCUGGCCAAGGCAGGAGCUCCAGAACCUGGCACAAGUGGCCGAUCCUACCUGCUCCGAUUGCGGGGAGUUGAGCUGCCCCGGGAAUUGGCUGGGCUUCACACUCCUCACCUCUGGCUACUUUGGAACUCAUCCCCCAAAACCUCCAGGGAAAUGUAGCCACGGGGGCCAUUUUGACCGGAGCAGCUCCCAGCCACCGAGGGGAGGCAUCAAUAAGGACAGCACAUCCCCAGGCUUCUCCCCUCACCACAUGCUGCACCUCCAGGCUGCAAAACUGGCCCUUCUAGCCUCCAUCCAGGCCUUCGGCCUUCUGCGAAGCCGCCUGGGAGACAGGGAUUUCUCCAGGCUGCUGGACAUCACCCCAGCCUCCAGCCUGAGCUUUGUCCUGGACACCACGGGCAGCAUGGGUGAGGAGAUCAACGCUGCCAAAAUCCAGGCUCGCCACAUUGUGGAGCAGCGGAGAGACAGCCCCAUGGAGCCUGUCCACUAUGUCCUGGUGCCUUUUCAUGACCCAGGGUUCGGCCCUGUCUUUACAACCAGUGACCCUGACAGCUUCUGGCAACAGCUUAAUGAGAUCCAUGCCUUGGGGGGUGGAGACGAGCCUGAGAUGUGCCUGUCAGCCCUGCAGCUGGCCCUGCUGCACACACCUCCACUCUCAGAUAUCUUUGUCUUCACGGAUGCCUCCCCCAAGGAUGCCUUUCUCACCAACCAGGUGGAAUCCCUGACUCAGGAGCGGCGCUGCCGGGUAACAUUCCUGGUGACUGAAGAUACAUCAAGGGUUCAGGGCCGAGCUCGGCGUGAGAUCUUGUCCCCUCUGCGUUUUGAGCCAUACAAAGCAGUGGCCCUGGCCUCAGGAGGAGAGGUGAUCUUCACCAAAGACCAGCACAUUCGAGACGUGGCAGCCAUUGUUGGGGAGAGCAUGGCUGCCCUGGUGACUCUUCCCCUGGACCCUCCUGUUGUGGUGCCUGGGCAGCCACUUGUGUUCAGUGUGGAUGGGUUGCUCUGGAAGAUCACAGUCCGGAUCCACGGAGACAUAAGCAGCUUCUGGAUCAAGAACCCUGCAGGGGUCUCCCAGGGCCAGGAGGAAGGUGUGGGUCCUCUAGGUCACACUCGCCGCUUUGGGCAGUUCUGGAUGGUGACCAUGGAUGACCCUCCACAGACAGGAACCUGGGAGAUCCAGGUCACAGCUGAGGACACCCCCGGGGUGAGAGUGCAAGCCCAGACCUCCCUGGACUUCCUCUUCCACUUUGGGAUCCCCGUGGAGGAUGGACCCCACCCUGGCCUCUACCCCCUAACUCAGCCAGUUGCAGGUCUCCAGACUCAGCUGCUUGUAGAAGUGACAGGAUUGGGUUCCAGAGCCAAUCCUGGGGAUCCUCAGCCGCAUUUCUCCCACGUCAUCCUUCGAGGGGUCCCAGAGGGUGCGGAACUAGGCCAGGUGCCCUUGGAGCCCGUGGGACCUCUGGAGCGAGGUCUCCUCGCAGCCUUGCUGCCGCCCACGCUGCUGUCCACCCCUAGACCCUUCUCCCUGGAGCUGAUUGGCCAGGACGCAGCGGGGCGGCGCCUGCACAGGGCUGCCCCUCAGCCUAGCACUGUAGUCCCUGUCCUUCUGGAGCUUAGUGGCCCCUCUGGUUUCCUGGCCCCGGGCAGCAAAGUCCCGCUCAGUCUCCGCAUCGCCAGCUUCUCGGGCCCUCAGGAUCUUGACCUUAGGACUUCCGUCAACCCCAGCUUCUCCCUCACCUCCAACCUCUCCAGGGCUCACCUGGAACUGAAUGAGUCAGCCUGGGGCCGCCUGUGGCUGGAGGUCCCAGAUUCAGCGGCCCCGGAUUCCGUGGUGAUGGUGACUGUGACUGCAGCGGGACGAGAAGCCAACCCAGUACCCCCGACUCAUGCUUUCCUCCGGCUCCUGGUAUUGGCCCCAGCCCCGCAGGACCAGCAUGCCACCCCUACCGGCUCAUCUGACACGAUCCUCACCACGGCCACCCCCGCCUUUUCCCCGUUCACAUUGGUGACUCAAGGCAGGGCUGGGGCAGGGCUGGCGGGCAGCCCCUGGUGGGGCACAGUUGGAGGGGUGGUGCUUCUGCUAGGCCUGGCCUCCUGGUGACACAACAGGCUCUAGAGGGAUGGGUCUCCAGCACUAUUUUCAACCUGCCCCAUUGGUAAGAAGACCUGGGACACAUUUGUCACAUAGGUCUUAGGACCUUACCUCUCCUAGCUGGGAUGAAGGUUCUCUUUUUUGAGACAGGAGUUUUGCUCGUUGCCUAGGCUGGAGUGCAGUGGUGCGAUCU